GCCGUAUUUGUUUUUCCCUCACACGUAUUCGAUAUGGAAAUCACAAAAGUUUGUGGAAAUAUAAGUAUUUGUUAAUAUUUAUCAAUCCAACAAUGGAUAAGGACUCGGAUAGCACUGUAACAUCACUAGAUGAGAAUACAGAAAAUUUCUGCACCAAUCCUACUCGAGAUAUCUUGGCAGAAGGUAUCGUAAACUUGUUCAAGCCAUCGGUGGAAAAAUUAGAUGAACAUAUCCAAGCACCUAGGGCUUCACAAAUAGAAUUGAAGAAACAGUUGGACGCACUAUCAGAGCAAUUGGUUGAAAUUGAAAAAGCACAGCAUAAUAUUCCAGAAUUUUCGAGCAAGGUCAAGGAGUUAAUUAACGUGAAGCACAAGGUAACAGUUAUAACAAAUAUUCUUAGCACAAGUCAGGAUCGUUUGGCUGGCUUGUACAAACUAAUCGAGAAGGAGCAGCGGCGUAGGCAAGCUCUGUUGGAUUCAGCUAUAAGCACAAACAUUUCUUAGAAAAGUGAAGAUGGAAACACCCUACACAGACCACUUAACAGCGCCCGAUUACGAGCAGGUAUAUGAGCCUGCAGAAGAUUCGUUUCUAUUGCUGCGAUGCCCUAGAAGCUGAUCUCCAUACCUCGAAGGCUUACAACCUCGAGUUUGUUUGGAAAUUGGACCCGGUAGUGGAAUAAUUGUAACAGCAUUGGCUAAGAAAUUGAAUAAAACGCUUUGCUUGGCUACCGACAUCAAUUCAUAUGCAUGUAAAGUGACAGAGGCGAACCAGCGAAUCGCAAUGGCACGCAUGUCGAUAGCAUAAAUUGUAACUUGAAUGGACGCUCUACGAGAAAAGUGUAUAGAUUUACUUAUAUUCAAUCCGCCUUAUGUUGUAACCACAGACGAAGAGUUCAAAUAUCAAUCACUUGCCGGAAUCGCAAAAGCCAAAUAAUCUUGUAUACUCAUGGGCAGGCGGAUUACUUGGUCGACGUGUUGUUGAUGAGUUGAUUAAGAGUCUGGAUGGUAUUCUAUCUGUUAAAGGAGUCUUCUAUUUACUGACACUUCGCGAAAACAAGCCGGACGAAUUGAUGCAAGAUUUGACUAGCUUAGGUUUUAUUGCAAUUAAGUUUAUGGAGAGGCGGAUACCAGGGGAAUAUCUGUAUGUUUUGAAAAUAACGCGCAGGUGAUUAGUUCUAUGCAUUUAUCCCCAAAGUGAUCUGCUUAUAAGAAAAAAUAAAAAAUUUAAAUAAUGAAAACACAUAAAUAAAAAAGCACGUAUUAAAUUUA